AUGCUCAACCAUUCUCCCGCGACAGCGCCCCGGAACAAUGGAACCGUGGCAGACGCUCUGACGCAACUAAUUCGCUCGAAGAACCCUGCAGGGACACGAGGGCAGAUUCACUGCGACACUACGACGAGCGCGGGCACCAGCUCCGACAACCAGUUGAACCGCAGGACCCGCAUAGACGACCUUAAGAAGGGGCGCGCGCGGAUCGACUCACUGGCCGCACUUGGUUCCGCCUCUGCCGCGCAGCAGGUAGUGAGCGGCUCAGCCGGUGCUGCGCGGCGCGCCUCGACUCGUCGCGCGGACGGCCUUCCAACGGCCGACCCCCCCGCAGCUGCGGCGCUGGAUGCCGUGCGGCUCGCUCGCGAGCCCCUGGGCCCCCCGUGUCACCUUGCCGCCCGCUGCCCUCCGCUCCCCCACGCCCUCGUGUUUGCCUUCCCUUCAGCCGCCUCCCUUCAGCCUGCUAGCCGCGGCUGGGAACGCGCGGGCGUAGCGCAGCCGGGGGUGGUCGAGGCGUUAAAAAAAAUCCAGCAGCGACGGUGGGGAAGCGAGGGAACGGCGGGAGUGGCGCCAGUCGCGCCAGCGCUGCGCGCGGAGUCAUCGGAGCCAUUGGAUCCGCCCCCCUGCUCUGCCCUCGACUGCGAAUACCCGCGCCACGCCACCUGCUCCGCCGCCUCCACCUCCGCCGCUCCACAGCAGGCCGUCGUCCCCCCCAUUCCCCCGCCUCACUCCCCGCCACUUGCAGCGUUCCCCCACUGCUUGGCACAGGUGGCGCGCGCACAUCGCAGUGCGCAUCCCAGGUGGGUGGGGAUGGGCGCAGCAGGGCGGGGUGACGCAGAUGAGAAGGCGGGAACAAUCGCGAGGGUGCUGCAGCAGCUGGCGGAGAGGAGGGCUGCGCAGUUGGGGCAGGCGGAGGAAGACAGCAAGGAGGGGCGGGCAGGGCGAGGGCAGGCGUGUGGGACGGUGACAGCAGGGCAGGGCGGAGAGGGGGGCGAUGACAGCAACAACGGCAGUGACGUGCUGGACGAGCCAAUCAGCACGCUCCAGGUCCCAGCUGCCGCUGCUGCUAUGGGUGCACGUGCGGAGAGCAGGGUAGCGGGCGGAGAGGACGCGUCAGAGGCUCUAGUGGACGCGUGGCUGGCGUGCCCUCCGGAGCCCCCUGGCACCAGCAUGCCGGCUGCUGCAGCGAGUCCGAGGGCGGGGAGUGGAGGAGUGCAGAGUGUGAGGUGGGCACAGGGGCUUCAACAGGUGAAGCUGGCAGGAGAUGGGAGGGACUGGGGGCGGCACGUGGGUGUACGUACGGACCUCAUGAGCACACGGUGCGUUGAGGGGCACGCAUGGAAGGGGGUUGUAGCGUGCACAUGCUCUGCAGGCUGCAGCCAUUGCAGUGACGAGCAUGUGGGGUGGGGGAGGCAGGCAAGCCAAGGGCUAAUGGACCUGCAGUGGUGGUGGCUGGGGCAGGUGCAUGGGCAGACACGGGGUGGAGGUGCAAGCGGCAGAGAGAAAGGCAAAGGAAGGAGGCAUGUGUGUAGGCAGUGGAAAAUGCAGACAUAG